AUGGAGAAAGACGCCGACGGAUUUUACACGCCCUCAGCCGCAGAGUCCGCACCGGUGGCGGCAGCCGCUGACCCCAAGAACGAUGCCGAGGAUCUCAUCAAGUCGACGUUUGAGGUCUCGGUCACACUCGCGGACCAGCAAGCCGAUCCCAACUCCCCGCUCUAUAGCGCGAAGACCUUUGAAGAGCUCGGAUUGCACGAUGAUCUCCUCAAGGGCAUCUACGACAUGGGUUUCACAAAGCCAUCCAAGAUUCAGGAGCGCGCCCUGCCGCUUCUCCUUUCAAAUCCUCCACAGAACAUGAUUGGCCAAUCGCAAUCAGGUACUGGGAAGACAGCUGCCUUCGUUCUGACCAUGCUCAGCCGUGUCGAUUACUGUAUCAAUAAGCCCCAGGCACUAUGUCUCGCACCUUCCCGCGAGCUUGCGAGGCAGAUCAUGUCGGUGGUUGUUGCUAUGGGCAAAUUCACUGCUGUGCAGACCGAGUACGCGAUCAAGGAGAGCUUGCCGAGAGACGCGAAGAACGUGACCGCGCACAUCAUCGUCGGAACCCCUGGAACGAUGACCGACCUGAUCAGGCGAAAGGUCAUCGACGUCUCCGAGGUGAAGGUCUUCGUGCUCGACGAGGCAGAUAACAUGCUGGACAAGGACGGCCUCGGCGAGCAGACGCUCCGCGUAAAGAACAUGCUGCCGAAGAACCGCACCGUGCAGAUCGUCCUCUUCUCCGCGACGUUCCCAGACCACGUGCGCAACUUCGCGAACAAGUUCGCGCCGAACGCGAACAAGAUCGAGCUGCAGCGGAACGAGCUGUCGGUCGACAACAUCCGGCAGUUCUACAUGGACUGCAAGAACGAGGAGCACAAGUACGAGGUCCUCGUCUCCCUCUACCACCUCUUGACCAUCGGCCAGAGCAUCAUCUUCUGCCAACAUCGACACACCGCGGACCGCAUUUCCCAGCGGAUGACGGCAGAAGGGCACAAAGUCGCAUCGCUGCACGGCGCGAAGGACGCGACGGAGCGCGACGCGAUCAUCGACGGGUUCCGCGAGGGCAAAAACAAGGUGCUGAUCACGACGAACGUCAUCGCGCGCGGCAUCGACAUCAUGCAGGUCAACAUGGUCGUCAACUACGACCUUCCGCUCCUGAACGAGCGCGACAACCACGGCAGCAAGGGCGACUUCCGGCCCGACAUCGAGACGUACAUCCACCGUAUCGGGCGCACCGGUCGGUUCGGGCGCAAGGGUAUUUCGGUCAACUUCGUGCACGACAAGGCGACGUGGCAGCAGAUGGAGGAGAUCGAGCGUGCUACAGGCAAGCAAAUCAUCCGGAUCGAGACCACGGACCUGGACACGAUGGAGGAGCAAAUGAAGAAGGCGUUGAAGUAG